CGGCGACACUCAAUUGAUACCACAAAGCAACGACAUCAUGGGUGUUGCUCAGUACCUCAAGAGCCGUGUCACGGAGCUCAAUCCUGAACGACCCAUCAAACCCACCAACCCUUUCAAAGUCCUGGCAACCCUGAAUGCAUCUCAAUGGAACAACUUCCUGCUCGCCUUCUGUUGCUGGACCUGGGAUGCAGUUGACUUUUUUGUCGUCAGUUUGACCGUCACAGACGUUGCGAAAAGCCUUGGCAAGUCAACCACGGACAUCACCUGGGGCAUCACGCUCGUGCUCAUGCUGAGGUCCGUUGGUGCCAUCAUCACUGGCCUCGUUGCUGAUAUUUACGGCCGCAAAUACAUCAUGGCUUUUGUUCUAAUCAUGUUCUCUGUUCUGGAGAUUGGACUCGGCUUUGUCCACAAUAUGAAGGAGUUCCUGAUUGUCAGGGCACUGUUCGGUAUUGCCAUGGGCUCCAUGAGUGGUCUAGCUCAAGUCACUGCCCUAGAAUCGGCUCCACCUAAAGCACGAACUCUGCUUGGUGGUCUCCUCCAACAAGGUUACAGUACUGGGUACUUGUUGGCUACCUGCUUCGCGCGUGGUUUUGUCGACACGAAACUUGGAUGGCGCGGACUUGCCUUCUUCACCAGCGGUCCACCGAUCCUGCUCGUUAUCUGGCGUCUCUUGACACCAGAAACUGAUGCCUUCCUCGCAAUGAAGGCACAGCGCAUGCAGAUACCUGAUGAAGGCGGCUCAAAGGUUCGCAAGUUUGCCCGUGAAGGAAAGAUGGCUCUCCGCAACCAUGGAGGUAUCUUCACCAUAUUGGUCUUCAUUAUGAUCGGCUUUAACUUCUCGAGCCAUGCAUCUCAGGACCUGCUGCCGACCUACCUGAAACAACAACGCUCUUUUGACGCUGAUUGGGUCACCAUCACCAUGUGCAUGGCAAAUCUCGGCGCCAUCUGUGGAGGAUUCUUCUUUGGUUGGCUCGCACAGUUCAUGGGUAAGCGUUUAACCAUGAUGAUCACAUUCGUCUUGGGUGCGGCUUUACUACCAGCGUAUGCACUAUCGACUACCAAGCCUGGUAUUGUGCUCUCAUUCUUCUUUGAACAGUUUGCCGUUCAAGGGGGUUGGUCGGUAGUGCCGACACUUCUGUUGGAGUUGGCUCCACCCCAAUACCGAACAUUUGUUGCUGGUACCGCCUAUCAGCUCGGAAAUCUGGCUUCAUCGGCAUCGAGCACCAUUGAAUCCACGGUGGCACAGCAGUACCCAUUGCCAGGUGGCAAGCACAACUAUGGAAAAGUCAUUGGUAUCUUGAUGGGUUGUGUCUUUUCUUACUUGCUUGUCGUCAUUUUCUUGGCGCCAGAACGUGCAUACUCUGGACUCGCUGCCUCAGACGCCCUGCAAGAUGGAGAAGAUGAUCUCAAGGCAACCACGUCGAACCGAAGCGACGUGGAGAACAAAGGAACAGAUGAUCACAUUGAAUAUGUGACGAAGCGUUAAUGACAUAGCUUUCAUGCCCGUAUUAUUUAGUGAUGAAGCAGAUCCUUUUCAC